AUGGAAGAGCGAGAACAGAAAGAAGACGCGCUGUUUGUGGGCUGCGAGCCUUCGAGACUGAGAAAGGCACUCCUCAAAGUCUCUUUCACUUGGGCUACGUUUGUUAGCAGGCUCCGCUCGAUAUCCGAGGCUUGUUUGGAGUCCGACGAGAUUACCGAGCAGCUAUUUGAUGACGACUCAGACAGCAACUCCACCCGCAUCCAAGAAUACGAACCGAUUAAACCUUCCGAGGUCCAACGAGAUUUACUGGAAAAGAAGCUCGCGAACGAUGAUAAGGAAACAUGCUCCACGGGCUCCCCUUUGACGACAACACGAUUAACGUCGCCCCAAAGCAGCGCUGUCAGCGGAGGCGAUGAAUCUAGUGCUGCCCCAGAUAAGGAGGGCACCCUUACACCAUUCUGUGGGGGAGAGGAGUUGUGGAAGAUACAGAACCAACAAUGGUUGAAGCCGAUCGCGGAAUACACCACUUUGGAAGGGAAACUGAAUUUACAAAAAAGACUGCGUUCGCAGGAUCUUAGGCAUUACGUGUCAUCGAAAGAUUAUCAUAUUAUAUAUCGCAAUUUGGUGAUUGAUGGAAGGAGUCUCAAGCAGCCAAUGAAUUUGAGAGACUUGUUGCGCGUCGUUGAGGCCGGCUGGGAAUGGAGCCGGGUACAGGAAGGUGGCUACUUUCGCCAGAGAUAA